CCCCUUGUGCGGCUGCUUUAAAUUCGGUUUCUGAUCCAACAUUUUAGUACAAUUUUAAAUCAGAAAAAUUUAUAUACCGGUGUGUAUACGUAUAUAUAUACAUAUAUAAUAGUUAAAGAACAGUGCUCGAAGAAGUUAAUUUGUUUUUAAAAAGCAGAAUAAUAAUUGAAAAUGACGUCCUCAUAAAAUAUCCCUGUUUUUUAUUUUUUCUUAAACUGCUUAUGUUCAUCUAGUAAAUUUUUAAGAGCUAACAUAAAUCUAUAUUCGGGUUUGUAAAUGUAAAUAUGACAAUACAAUGGAUAGGAAAGGGGGAAAAAAAAAAGGUAUGUGCUAGUCCUCAGAUGCGUUGCUGAUCUGUGGUCUAUCAUCUUACAGUUCCUCUUCUUCCUGCCAGUGGAUGUGUGGAUUUUUUUUUCAAUUUUUUUAUGCUUUUCCAUAGCUGGGUCAGCUUUCUAACGCUAUUAGAUGGAGUGCAGGUUUUGGGCUGUGCAGCUAUUUUGCUGUCAGGCUCUUGUGUUGAAAGCAACGUCUAAGUGUGCCAAAGUUCAAUUUUAUUUCUUGUUUAUUUCUUGUUUUCUCAUUGGAAAAUGGGAGCAGCUCUGCCCUGGCAACAAAAGUAGGCUAUUUGCAUACUGCGUUGUGAUUGGUCUGUGCAUUGAUGGGCUUGCCAAAUCACGCUGUAUCUCUGUGGUGAUAGGCUAUGCUAAUUAGGUGCUGUUGCUGGGAUUCUGAAUAGUGGUUACUGUGUAGCACUGGUGAAUUGUGUUGUCUGGAGAGAGAUGCUGAUAGCUGAACAUGCUAUUUAAUAAUUUUUUGAUUCCUUCUGGCUUAAAAUGAAGGAUGAUUCACUGUACAGUGUGGAGAUGCUGUGUUUUCACCCCUUCUCACUGCUAAACCUGCUGUUUUCCUCCCUUUUCCUCACAAAGGAGGAGAGACUUAAGCAUGCAAACCUUCGUCCGUCCGGCUUGCGCCCUCUUUUUCUUUACACACUGCUGGUCUUCAGAUGGCUGCUCCAAUGCCCCAUACGCACCAGCAGUACAGUGACCGCCACCAGCCAAGCACUGACCAAUCUGUUACGGUCUUACCGUACAGCGACCAGACACCACAGCUCACUGCCAAUCAGAGGCACAUGCCCCAGUGCUUUCGUGACCCAACUUCAGCUCCCCUGAGGAAGCUCUCCAUUGACCUUAUCAAAACAUACAAACACAUCAAUGAGGUGUAUUAUGCAAAAAAGAAGAGACGGCACCAACAGGGUCAGGGUGAAGACUCCAGUCACAAAAAGGAGAGGAAAGUCUUUAAUGAUGGCUAUGACGAUGAUAACUACGACUACAUCGUCAAGAAUGGGGAGAAGUGGAUGGACCGUUAUGAGAUUGAUUCCUUGAUAGGAAAAGGGUCAUUCGGACAGGUUGUAAAAGCGUACGACCGAGUAGAGCAAGAAUGGGUCGCCAUUAAGAUCAUUAAGAACAAGAAGGCUUUCCUCAACCAAGCCCAAAUAGAAGUGCGCCUCCUGGAGCUGAUGAACAAACAUGACACCGAGAUGAAAUACUACAUCGUUCACCUAAAGCGACACUUCAUGUUUCGGAACCACCUCUGCCUCGUGUUCGAGAUGCUUUCGUACAACCUCUACGACCUGCUCCGAAACACCAACUUCCGCGGCGUCUCGCUCAACCUCACCCGGAAGUUUGCCCAGCAGCUAUGCACGGCACUACUCUUCCUGGCCACGCCUGAGCUCAGCAUCAUCCACUGUGACCUGAAGCCGGAGAACAUUCUCCUCUGCAACCCUAAGAGGAGCGCCAUCAAAAUAGUGGACUUUGGCAGCUCAUGCCAACUGGGACAAAGGAUUUACCAAUAUAUCCAGAGUCGCUUCUACCGCUCCCCAGAGGUGCUGCUGGGAAUGCCCUACGACCUGGCCAUCGACAUGUGGUCCUUGGGUUGCAUCUUGGUAGAGAUGCAUACUGGAGAACCUCUCUUUAGUGGAGCCAAUGAGGUUGACCAGAUGAACAAAAUAGUCGAGGUUCUUGGCAUCCCACCUAAUCACAUAAUGGACCUAGCCCCCAAAGCCAGGAAGUUCUUUGAGAAGCUUUCGGAUGGUACAUGGAGUGUUAAGAAGACCAAAGAUGGCAAAAGGUAUAAACCUCCAGCUUCGCGGAAGCUCCACUCCAUCCUCGGUGUGGAAACAGGGGGUCCAGGUGGCCGGCGGGCGGGGGAGUCCGGCCACGCCGUUGCUGACUACUUGAAGUUCAAGGACCUGAUUCUUCGGAUGUUGGACUACGACCCCAAGAGUCGCAUCCAGCCCUACUACGCCCUGCAGCACAGCUUCUUCAAGAAGACUGCGGACGAGGGGACCAAUACGAGCAGUAGCGUGUCUACGAGCCCCGCGUUAGAGCAGUCCCAGUCUUCAGGAACCACCUCCAGCACCUCCUCAAGUUCAGGAGGAUCGUCUGGAACUAGUACCAGUGGCAGAGCGAGAUCAGACCCUACCCAUCACCACUUGCACAGUGGAGGACACUUUGGCACGACCAUGCCUGCCAUGGAUGGUGACAGCCUCUGUCCACAGGCAAGACAGGCUUACCCACCCCCACUGGUGUGGGGAGGCGGCGUCGGACCCGAGUCAGUCACUGGAGAAACCCACCCAGUCCAGGAGACCACCUUCCACGUUCCCCCCCAGCACCCCAAGGCCCUGCACCCCCACUCCCAUUUCCACCACCACCACGGGCAGAUGAUGGCGACGCGUCCGCGCCCGCGCCACUACACCUCCCCGACACACAGCUCUUCGACGCAGGACUCCAUGGAGGUGGUGCACGGCCACCUGUCCAUGACCUCCCUGUCUUCCUCUGCCUCCUCUUCCUCGACAUCGUCCUCUUCCACUGGGAACCAUGGGAACCAGGCCUACCAGCUCCGCCACUUGCCCGCCGGAGCCCUUGACUUUGGUCAGAACGGUGGGCUGAGCAUGGGGCUAGGUGCCUUCUCGAACCCACGGCAGGAGACUGGAAUGGCAGCGCACCCUGCAUUCUCCAUGGGCACGAACACUGGGCCUGGCCAUUACCUAGCGGAAGGCCACCUGGGCAUGAGGCAGGGCAUGGACCGGGAGGAGUCUCCAAUGACUGGAGUAUGUGUGCAGCAGAGUUCUAUGGCCAGUUCGUGACUGCACUGACAAUUUGGCUGUGUGUUUUUUUUUUUUUUUGUUUUGUUUUGUUUUUGUUUAUUCUUUUUUUUUUUUUUCUUUCCUUUCCCUCCUCCUCUCCCCCCGUGCGUCAUUUUUAAAGGUGGUGUUUUUUACUACAAGGUGUGUUGAGAACAAAAAGCUGCUCACGUCAGAAGGGAGAUAUCACUGAACCGCUUCUACAGAGAAAAAAAACAAAACAACAAACCCUUUGUUAAAAAGAAUAUAUGUAAUUUUUAUCUUUUUUUUUUUUGUUUAGUUUUUUUUUUGUUUGUUUGUUUUUGUUUGUUUGUUUGUUUCCUUUGCAAUCAUUAGGCACAAAAUAAUACUGCGGCGUAACCAUAGUGAGAUUGAGACAUCCAUCUUACCAUUUCACCAGUUUCAUGUAACCACAAAGUAAUCACCAUAUGGUAUUAUGUGGCAAAAAAAAAAGUCUUUGUUUUGAAGGAGCAUUUCAGGAGCAAAGGUCGGAGCUCGUCUCUCAGCUAGCUUGUUGGUGAAGAAAUGCUCCGGCGUCCUCUUUAGGUUCAAACUGUGGAGCGCCUGACAUUACUCUUCCACUUGGUCAGUAAUUAUUUUUGCCCUUUUUUUUUAAAAAAAAAGUGAAAUUUCACAUAAAAGCUGCUUGUAAAUCCUGUAGCUUGACAACAAGGGGGAAGUGUUUUUGCGGUGAUAUUUCUUGUUGUUGGUCUUUUUUUUUCUUUUUUUUUUUUUCCCCUUCUUUUGUGUGUGUAUGUGUGUGUGACUCUGUUAAAGGGGAACACACAGAGCUGGAGCCCGUGUGCUGGCCUGGUGGGGAGGGGGAGGAAGGGAUUCCUGCUGGGGAGGGGGGAGUGAAGUGGGAGGUCGGAUACCGACACCAGCCAGCGUUCAAAAAGGAGGAGGGAAGCACCACCAACAACAACAACCACCACCACCACCCCCAGACCCAACCCCACCACCUCAGGCCUAGAGGCCCUGUUGUCCCCAACAAGACGCAACCCGGGGGGGCGCGGGGGCCCGACACAGGCGAAGAGCAGCGACGGGGCACAGGAGACGAAAGGAUCCGGCCCAGUUAAAGGAAGACAGUCAGCGGCUGGUUCUAGAUAACCCUUUGGCCUUAUGACUCAUGGACUUUGAAUGGAAAUGGAGCUGGACAUUAUCAUUUGAAUUAAGAUGGCUUUUCUCUCUUUUCUCUCUCCCUCUCUCUCUCUCUCUCUCUCUCUUUCUCUAGACAGCCCUUAAUUCUUUAAGGAAAUUUAAAACAACUUAGAAAAGGUAAAUAAGAAUGGUAAACUGAGGCCUUUCUCGACAAAGAUUUCGUCUUCAGCAGGGGCCCCACAUAACAGGGUCUUAUUGUACACAACAACCUCCUAAACAUUACUUCCUUGAAAUUCACUGGUUAAGGAUUUUGCAAUGGAAAGAACUUUCUAUUCCAGAGUCUACCUUAUUAUUUUUGUUUUAUUUUUAAUUUUUAUUUUUUUUAUUUUUUAUUUUAUUUCCUCCCCCCCCCUUUUUGCAUGUAGUCCCUCAUCAGAACCACCCGCACAAGUCUCUCCAUCCAAAACAUGGAAACUGAAGAAAAAGAAAAAAAAGAAAACAAAACAAACAAACAAAAAAAAAAGAGUUAAGUGACUGCCUUUUUUCUCCUCAAAUUAUGCUGUGAAUUUUACAAGAAUUUAUUUUCCCUUUGGAUAUGUUUUUAUACCAAAGCAGUUGUUUUAUAGCAUAUAGGUGUCUGUAACCAAUAAUGUAGCAGUUCACCACUUUGACGCAAAGUUUAUCGAGAUCUUAUUUUAAUGUCAACACAAAACAGCUGCAAUAUAUUUACUUUUAGCAAAACUGGAGACCGUUGGCUAUUGUGUAUUCUGGCCAGAUUUGUUUGCAACGUUUUACCAAAACUUUUUUCCAUAUUAAAUUGGUAGAUUAUUUUGGGAGUCUUUAAAAAACAAGCAAAAAAACAAAAAACAAACAAAAAAAAAAAAACGGGAAAAAAACUUUGGUAUGUUAGAGAACUUGGUAGUUACUCUGCAGGCUACAGAGUAGCAAGAUAGAGGCUGAUGGUUUGAAAAAAAGGAGACUAAUGCGUUCUAUUUCUGUGUUUUGUUUUUUUUUCUUUUCUUUUUUUUCUUUUCUUUUUUUUUUUGCCCCUUCCCCCCAUCAUACUAUUUCAAAGGGUGUUGCUGCCUUUCAUACAUCAUUUGGUCAACUUAGCUAGUUUCUGCCGUGAUGCAAGACUUUGUCAUUGUCUUGCCAGGAUAAGGGUAUUUGUGGUAAACCAGUUUGUGUUGAAUGGUAUAGUUCUGAUUUUGGUAGGGCAAAUCCCCGUGAUUGUUGUCCUAUUCAAAGGGAGAGAAAAAAAAAAAGGUGUCUUGUCAGCCCCACCAUAACAGUGCUUUGCCUAGGCAGACAUGCAUGUCCUCAAAACAGUCAAUAACCAGAAUAUUAUUUUUUUUUUUAUAUCAGGGAUUUUAAAGUGCUUUCUUUGUUCUGUUGUUCAUUUUUACCACUUUUGAAAUUUGAAAAAUAAAAACAAAAGUAUUAUAAAAAAAACCACAAAACUGCCCACUGUCACCUUGCCAAUUAAGGGCGGGCCACAGGUCAUGCUGUUGUCAUUUUCUAAGAGAAACCAUCCUUUCAGCAGUCAUGCUUGGUAUUUCCACGAACACAAAUGUAAAGCUACCUAUAUUGAAGAUUGGGGUUUGAUCUGGAUGUCAAGAAUAAUUGCAGAUUUGCAAUCAUUUUAUUUUAUUUUUAUUUUCAUACCCUGCGGAAUUUGAGACAUUUAGGUCUUUUGUCAGUGGUUUUUAUUACUGGCACUCAUACUGGUACUAAACAUUCCAAAAAUAAAGACUGAAAAAAGAAAAAAAUUUGACUGAAGUGACUCGUAAGUGUGCGCCUAUUUCAGAUCAUGCUGAUUGACCUCUUAUUUAGAGCAGUUGUCAUGAAAUGCAGCCCCUUUUUAAUAGUUGAAAUAGAAUUUAUGUAUAUAUUUAUAUUUUUUUAAUAAAGGAAGUAUAGAACUCACUACCUUGCUCCUGCUGGUAUGUUGAUUAUGUUUGUCAAUUUGGUGACCAUUCAGUGGGCAGGAACUCCUGUUUUCUUAGUGGCAAAACCUUGCCUUUUGGCAAAGGUACUUGACUACAUCAGGACAACACUAUGAGGUAGGGUUUGAAUCAAACAGGGAAAGCUAGAUCUUCAAACCUUAAUAAUUUUCACAGGGUAUAUUGUAAGUGCAUGUACAUCACAAACCUUACUUUUGGUUAUAUGAGAAGCACAUGGUUGAAAAAAAAUGGUUCCAUCUUUCAUAAUAAGCCUGUUGAGUUUGUGGGUUAUACACAAACACAGAUAAUUGUCGACAUAUCUGAACACCCAACCGAAGUUGAAAUCCUUUUUAUUUAACUUGGAUUUAGCUUUUUUUUUUGUUUGUUUGGUUUUUUUUGUUGUUGUUUUUCAUUUUUUGGUUUCACUUUUUUUUUCCACUUUUUUUGUACAUGCAACAUGCACUAUAGAAUUGAACAGCAUGGGGGAAAGGAUAAGUCCAUGUAUCCACAGAUUGUAAGAUCUAGUCAAGACUUUGCUGUGUUUAUGACAAUGCCCUUUGUAUUAUAUUAAGACAGUCUUAUGUAUGAUAUAUAAAAGAAGUUAAUUGAA